AUGUUUUCCUGUUUUGGAAGCGAUGGCGACGACCGAGAACGUGAGCCCCUGCUGCCUCAGUACAAUGACGAUACCAGCCGCCAGGCGCGGCUGCACGAGAAGCUGCACAGCUACCAAAUGCUACGAGCCAUCUCCAAAGGAUACAUGCCAUCGACAGAACAGACAAAAGUUCAAUUGAGAACUCUUCUUUCCUCGCAGGCCCUUAAUCCGUCAGAAACCGCUGGUCUGUCCAGUUCCGGGCGCGCGCUCGUCCGCACCACCAAGGAAUGGCUGCAGCUCUUCAUCGAUCUUUUAGACCAGAAAAACUCAAAAGAUCAAAUCCAAGAUUUCAUCUGGUAUCUCACGAGCGCCAGAGUUCACCUUGACGCAAACGGUGCAGGCAGCAUUUUUAACAAGGGGAAAGCGCGCGCCAAGGUUUCGGCAGCAGCAGAGUCGCUGCGCACCGUUUUCUCUCUUGCGCUGAUGAACAACGACUUUCGAGUGCUCGUGGCAGAUAUUGGUACCAUUUCUACCCAAAUACUGCGAGACGGCGCUUUUGCCAUUGGCGAAGCGUCCCAAGAGGCUGGCAAACAGCUCGAGUCUGGCGCUGCAGAUGGAUCGAGCGAUUUGGCCGCAUUAAAAGCCACCGAUAAAAGGGCUGAAGAGAAAUUCUCAAAGGAGGAUUUGGAGAAGAAAGCCGACCAGGUCAAAAAUGAGAUCAAGGGGGAAGCUGCACAGGUCUCGGAGGAGGUGUACACCAGCUUGCAAGACCACAUGGGUGAGGAGACGCAAAAAAUAAUAAUCAACCGCCUCAAAGCAGCAGUCGGUGGACUUCGCCAGAAGAAGGAUUACUCAGAAGCCGUGUCGCAUCUCGCAGAACUUUUGCAGCGCUGCGCCGCCAUUUAUCUUUCAGCCGCCGGCGAAGCGGCUGAGGAGGUGGAAGCGAAUAUUGAGCUGAACCGGCAGGCGAAGGCGGCGGCCACCAACUUCUGGAGCUUCAUAUCUUCGUUUGGUGACAAGAGCCUCUGGGACGACGUCGCUGUCUCGUUUCGCGAUUUUCUCGACAAGAAUCACGAGAACAAGGCAAAUGCCGAGCAGCUCGCGCAGGAGCUCAUCACAAUGGUACAAAAGAUGCUGUCGGAUCCAGAAUUCUUGGAAAACUUUGGAGACAAGAAACAUGAAUUCAAGGAAAAGACGAAAGAAUUGACCAAGGACUCCUCCCUAGGUGAUGAUAUUUCCCAUCUAAUCAGUACCACGCAGUCGGCGGUGCACACAGCGAUCCACGACCCAGCCGUUCAGAAACUGAUCUCCUCGUCAUUCCGCCUUGCUGAGAUUCUUUUCCCGACAAACCAAAACAGCAACUCGGAAUUGCUGACAGACUUUGGAAACACAUUCUUGCCGCUACUAGUGCAGGCGGUGCAGCAUCUACCCAUUCCGCGCCUGGAGGUGGCAACCCCCAAAGUCGACCUACUUUUGGAGAACCUCAUUCUGCAGCCCGGAAAAACGGUCAACAACAGCUCAUUCCUGCCUUAUAAUAUCCAUUUCAUGACGCGAAACGAUUUAGAUGUCACCAAGCUUCGAUUUGGCACCACAUCGUCCAUGACGAACCUGCUCUCCAUCAAACUUGCCGGCGUCUCCGUCGCGGCGGACGACUUGGGCUACUGGAUGCGCGUACACUCUGGCAUCCUGCGCUUCAUGGACGAGGGUCUUGCAGGAUUCCACCUUGACGAGCGCGGCAUCGACGUGGACGUGGAGCUCGAAAUCGGCCGGGACCGCCUCGAGGAGCUGGUGGUGCUCCGCGACGCCAAGGUCAAGAUUCACCACCUCGACUACAAGCUGCGCAAGUCCAAAUUUACCUGCCUGGCAUGGCUUUUUAAGCUCAUUUUGCGUCCCAUUAUCCGCAAGGCGCUCGAAUCAACCAUGAAGUCGGCCAUUGCCGACGGCGUCAAGUCUCUCAACAGAGAGCUCGUGUUUGCGCGGGAACGGCUUCGCGCUGCGCGCGUCUGCAGCCCAGACAGCAUGUGGACGUUUUUCAAGGCCAUUGCGGCGCGGUUCACCCUGGAGGAUGACCCCAACGUUUCCGUGCGAGUGGGCGUGAAACCCGGGCAGGAUGUCUUUAGAGGCCGCUACGCACCAGGUAGCCUGGUAAAGCUAUGGGAGGAGGAGGCUGAGGAUGCUCAGCAGAACAUUCACGAGUACAGAAAGGAUGGGUGGAGAAACGACAUAUUUAGUGUACAGACUGUUCCGGUGUAG